AGUUCAGGUUUCCACAGCUUCAGCUUUGAAAAUCUUUUAACCGGUAAGGGGCUACACCGUGAGCUUUAUCUUUCACCAGAGCCAGACCACGUACCACUCUGGAAAAGAAGUAUUUCCAACAGGCUUGCUGAGAAAUACAGGCAAUUCAGAUUGAACUUAAAGGACACCCCGAUGGCAGCAGUAAUUGUAAGAUGGAUAAAAAGAAACAUAUUAGCAUCAUAUGACUAUCACUCAGUUAUCCAAGAACUAUCAAGAUUCGGUGCUAUUGAAUCCGUGACACCUUCUGGAAGACAAACAGCUGUAGUUAUAUUCAAAGACAUCAUUUCAGCAUGUAAAGCAAUAAAUGCUUUCCCAGCCAAUGACCCAGGCAGAAGGAUCCAAUGUGUUUGGCAUCACAAAUUCAUGUCUGAAUACAGAAUAUCAGGCCACAGAAAGAUAAAACUUACAAGUUAACAUUUUUAUUAAAUUGUUUCUAUACAAUAAUUAAUACA